AUUUAAUCUGAAAAGAAAAAUUCUUCAAAGUCACCAUGAAUAGCUAUCACAAGGAAUUUUUCUUUAAUCAAUGGAGUGACUCCAGGGAUAUCGCAAUAGAAAUGGAAUGAAAACGCACGUGGGCGCAGACGCGUGAUUUAUAGAUUUUCCCAACGCGGAGAGUAUCAAGGGAGGAGUCGAUUCUGUAGAAAUGUAAAGGGUGGAUGAGAAGCGGGUGGAAAUCGGGCUGGGCCGGCGUCGUCACUCCGAAAAGCAGGCCGCUCGCAGAGCCACGAAAAUGAGGAGAAUCUGUGGAGGUAUACAUUUCGCGUUCGCGUCAUGUGACUAGUGUACUCUUGGAUUUUGAGUUGUACCGUUUUCAUGGUACAUGCUGGUGCUAUUGUCGUUCCUCUCAUUUCUCAACCCCGCGCCCCACACUUUAUGCAUGGUAAGUUUCCUCGAUAACUUCCACCUUAUCGCAACGCACCGCUUUCAUGUGUGUCACACCUGUACUGCAGAAGAGGAAGGCUAUGCAGUUGUAACUGACAGUGCGGUGUACAAUUAAAAAAAGAAAAUACGUUAUCAGUGCCACAAAAAACCAGUCGAACUAAUCAACUCAUCAAUAUAUAUUUGUAUUUUGAAAAUCUCUACCCCAUCUUUGGUACCUGCCACAGUAAUUUUGGAAUCGUAAACAAAUCGUGAAGUUAGUCACAAGCUGACAGUCUGCACGUUAAUACGAAAAAUAACCAAGAAUGCUUCGACUGGCACGAGCUGCCAGCCUCAAUGCGGUUUCGCCAACUGGACGACUGGACGAUCUUACGCAGCAGAGAAGCAGAAAGCCGAUUAAAGAAUAGCCGAAUGUCGGGGUGCAAACAGGAACUGGACACGAGUCGGUUUGGUUAGAUAGGAGAAUUUUGGCCACUUCCGGCGAACGUUAUGGGUCUGCCACGCUUAUCACUUAAAAGAUGCUUCCUCUACGUUUUUUGCUUCACGGGAAUGCUGCUGGUCAUUAUAAACGUACGGCAAAAGGACAUUUGGCAGUCCUUGCGAACGAAUCCUUCCCAGGUACAGGCAGUUCGUACUGUACCAGAAGCAUCGAAGAUCAAGCUCGCUUGGUCCUCGAAAUCAAAGAGACCCGUGAAGCCAUUGCGAAAGCGGGGAAAAGUACCAGAAAAACUUCCGUCCGAGGCGUUGAACUUCACUGGUACGAUCAACCUGGCGGAGCGUCCGGUGGACUCCUCGGAUCCAUCGAGAAGGCCGUGGUACAUGAAAGGCGGGAGGAGGAUGCCAUUUCCUGCUGUAAAAUCACGUCGCACUGGACGACGAUUGGCGAAGCUUUGGCCCGACGAGGACGCGAAUGAUGAUCGCGUGACAAAUCAAUUGAUGUUUAUGCCACCGGAAUACAAUAGGACAUACGCGGAGAGUCAUCUGAAGAAGAUUAUGAUUCCUCAUGGUAUGGGCGAAGCCUUGACUGGCCGUGACGUUUUUUUCAACCAAAAAUGUCCAGUCAAUACCUGCGUGAUCACACGUGAUAAUAUGGAGAAUGCUGAUCUGGUGGUGUUCCAGGAUUAUAUUUCACACGUGGGCCACAGACCUCCGAAUCAGAUUUGGAUGAUUUACUUCCUGGAAUGUCCUUAUCAUACUCAAAAUAUUAAGAAUGCAGCGAUUAAUUGGACUGGUACUUAUCGCAAAGACAGUGACAUUGUCGCUCCUUAUGAACGAUGGCAGUAUUAUGAUCCCAGUGUGACGCAGAUAAAUCAACAUUUCAAUUAUGCCGCCAAUAAGACGAAAAAAGUCGCUUGGUUCGUGUCGAACUGUCAUGCUCGUAAUCAGAGAAUGAGGUACGCCAAAGAACUGGGAAAGCAUAUUCAAGUUGACAUUUAUGGAGCCUGCGGACCUUUACAUUGUCCACGGAGUCAGGCACAGACAUGUUUCGAUAUGCUCGACGUAGAUUACAAAUUUUACCUCGCCUUCGAGAACUCGAAUUGCAAGGAUUACAUAACCGAGAAAUUUUUUGUCAAUGGCCUGGGGCACAACGUACUUCCCAUAGUGAUGGGAGCGCACCCCACGGAUUAUGCGAGAAGCGCACCCUAUCGUUCCUACAUUCACGUCGAUGAAUUUGAAUCUCCCAAAGAACUUGCAGAAUAUCUUUACAGACUGGAUAACGACGACGAGCUCUACAAUUCUUACUUUAAGUGGAAAGGUACCGGGGAAUUUAUAAAUACGUAUUUCUUCUGUCGCGUGUGCGCCAUGCUUCACGACGAUCGCCCGCCAAAGUCUUACAACGACGUGAACGACUGGUGGCGUGGCAAUGGAGUUUGCACUAGCGGUUCAUGGAGGGAACACGAUGCUGUUGCCAUGAGUUCCAGAAACGUUUGAAAUUUUUUCUUUAAAUGCCAAAAGAGAGCAAUCGAUAAAAAGAAAAGCGCAAAAGUCAUCGCGACGACGUGCGGACGAGACUGGACUUUUGAGUCAAUGGUCUAUCCAGUCUAUCCAGUCGACUCUCCUGUGCUCAAUAUGCUGUUGUACACUUUGGGAUGAUUCUUCCAGUUGACGACGACGUAGGUAAUCCCUGACUAAUUGACGAGCCUACGAUGGGAGACUUAACUUCAUGAAAGUUUUUCAAUGAAACUCAAUGAAGAGGAACGAAUUGAUUUAUCAAAUUUAUUUUCAACGUCCAAUGACCAAUUACUGUUCUUUGCUGCACAAUAUACAUUUAGACAACUGUGCAAACAUAUUACAUGAGUGCCCAGGAAAUUUCCAGCGGCUGAUUAAGUAACGAAUUAACUUAUUUUUAUUUUAAUCGAGCUGCACCCAGUCGUCACUGAUUUGCACAGAUCAGUUUCCUUAGUCUGACGACGAGUCAAUUCAGCACAAAUAUUUAUUAUUUCAGUGUUUGGCACAAAUUGCUGUGAGUACUUCUUAAAUAGUUCCUAGUACGUUUACAUUGUUUUGCAUCGAUGCACUGGUGACGUUAAGUGAUCAGGUUCGCAAUCAGUGCUUUUGUAUAUUUAUUUAUAUUCAUCUCUCGACAUACGCUUGCACCUAUGCUGUUCACAUUCCCAUAACGUUACUCUGAGAUCGAGUAACUCAGUUAUUGUAUAUUGGGCCGGGAUAUAUAUGUAUAUUUGUUUCUUCGUAACGUGUUACGCACAAUUAUGCGUUUCUACUGUUAGCCAUAAGUUUACAUUGUGUGCAAUAUAGUUAACGCAACGCUGGCCAUUGUGAAAAAAGUUACAGAAAUAAGUAAAUUCAUGAAAAUUUACGCAAGAGUGUAUAUCAUACAUAUUUGACCUACGUCAAGUACGUUCGCAUUACUACCAUUGGUAUACAUAAUAAUAUAAAUGUGUACAAACUUGAUAGCAGUCAUUGAGGCACAUAAACAUUUGAUAGCGUCAUAAUCAUAAAAAUAUCUUAUACGUAUACGCAACGAGGUAUUACCCGUUUCAUUUUCCAUUCGUACAUUCUUCUGCGAUGGUCCAUCCGAUUCAAUUUUAAUUAAUGAGAUUUCAAAGAGCAGUGGACCCGGUAGUUGAUCCAGUCAAAUCUCGAUAAACCUUCCGAGUCAUGAAAUAGCCCAGAUACACUCGAGUCAACUUGUAUUCCAAAACAAUGAUCCAUUCCUAUCGUCUAUCGAGGGUGGUGCGCACAAGCAGCUUAAAUAGAAUAAAAAAUAAUAUUAAUACCUCGUGCCGUAUAUUAUCAGAUAAAAGUACCACGCGAACAGCAAGGACGAUUUGAAAAAUACAUCGUCUUAACCACAAUCGAGCGUAUUCUUAUGAUACAAGAAAAAAAAAACGUACAUAUAAUAACGUCGUGACGUUCGUCGAAAGCUCAGCGAAUUUAUAAAUUAGUUUAUACGUAACUCGUAUGUUAUUAGUGUGUUUAACGUGAACGUUUGUUUUCUCGAAGUGAAAUAAUAAUAUUUGACAUGAGUAUGCAAGUGAAUGUAGUAUUAGCUAUACGGCAGUUAUUGUAGAUGUCACUGCUGUCUCGCUGUCCUUAGCCACGUGCAGAGUCAUCUUCCCUCGACGAAACAUUGAAAAUAAAUUCCGAGAACGUCAUUGCAGUGAAAUCUGGAAAUAUGAAAACGUCCAAUUAUUUCUGAAAAGUCAUUUUUUUCGUAAUAACAUAAGUACCAACUGUCAACGAAACGAAUCAUUAAAUACGUUAUCGAAUGAGAAAGGGAUACUGCAGGUGGCGACACCUCGGAAAACAUUUGUAACCUCACAUUGAAUCUGUCCGUCCACCGCCACAGGGUGAAACAAUGAGUCAAAGGGAAACAAAGGUAAACAAGAAAAAGCUUCGGGUUCAUAAAAGCGUACGUGCUCACGUUAAAGGCCCGUAAUACAUAAAGCAUAAAAAGAGUUUGCUACAAUUUCACGUAAGGCACGUGCGUAAUUACGUGACUCCUCGUUAAAACCGUACGUAACGAACGUAUCGUGUCUCUUACCAGUCUUUCUGUUUGUUCUGUCAUGCCGAUACAAUUAUUAUUCAAUGCUACGAGAACGGGAAAGCAGUCGAGCAUUUAUAUCUGCAUGUCGUGCAAUUACGCCUCACUACGACGAGUGCUAUUGACAUUUCUAUUUGCGGAGACAUGUCGAAAACGCGGUUCCUCGCGGAAAACAAUACCAAGUAGGUAAAUUGAUAUUGCACGUUGAAUACGAAAAAUGGAAUAAUACUUAAUAGCGUGAUGGCGUAAUUAAAAAAGCAAACAUCCGUUUUAACGAAAUAUUAUCCAAUAAGAAUCCUAUAAAAUACUAUUUAUCACGAGGGCCAACCAAGGGACGUUCUUACGACGCCUUGACAGUUGACGACCUGACGUCAGCAGCUUCGGAUAAAUAAUCGAAUGACUCUAACGCAAAAGUCCGCUUUCUACGAGUAUUCGUAGACGCAUUUACAAACGUAUUAAUGAUUCGUUUCGUAAAUUACAAAUGCGUCACGUAAUACGUGUAUGUAAAAUUUACGUAUCGCUGGUUUCGCGAGAGUCAUUAGCAAUUUAUCAUUGUGACUAAUAGCCCGAGAGUUGCUCAAUUUGAGCUGUAAAUAUGGCGGGAAAUUUAAAAUGUUUUUAAAUAUGGGUCAAUACGACACCGGCUGCGUAUUAACAAAGUUUGAAUAAUUUUUGUGCAAUAAAAUGUAUACACCUAGAUAAGGUUAGGCGAUUGAUAUGCUAUUUUAACGCGGGGUAUUUAUCAUCGAUAUUAUCGAUUGGCUUUAUAUCGAUUUUUCUUCGAAGAUCGAUACGAAUAGGUUGGUAGAAGUCGAUUCGAACUUUUGCGAUCCGAGACUUGGCGUAUAGUGGUAAGUCGAAUUGCAGCACGAUUCGUUUUCUGGCGGUUCUGUGUAAUUGGUGCUGGUUAUGGUGCGUAAUAUAGAAAACGCCGAUGACACCUUUUCAGUGUGUGAAUCAUAGUCGUUAAUUUUCGAGAAAUAGUCAUUCCGAUCGCGUACAAAUGCGAUAUACGAAGUGCAAGUGAUAAGAAGAGACUGUGCGAAAUUUAAUCGAAAAAAAAAGGAAUAAUUAAGUAACGAUAAGAAUGAAAAUCGUAGAGUCAACGAUGUUACUGAUAACGAGUUAUCGUGUCAUUAGAUAGCGCUAUUUGUAAAUAUUAGCUUACAUUACCGAAAUUUACAUGUUACACGUAUGCGAAUGAAAAUAAGUCCAUCGACAACCGGGUAUGUAAUUUUGAGAUUAAUUUAAAGAUAAAAAAGCGCUUGUGGAAAAUUUCGUUAUUUUGAAAUAUUAAAAAAAAAUCUAUUAGAAAAACCACAAAUUCCUAUUUCUUUUCCAAAAAUUAGGUGCGGCCCUAUAAUCGGUAUUGAAAAAAAAAAAAAAUCAGUAUUAUCCCAUAUACGACUGAUAAGGUAUUCCCGUAUAUCACAAA